AUGAGUCAACAACCAAGACGACGCCUUCCUGAAAACUACAUGGUUAUUUGGGUUGAUGGAAAUAUGGAUAUGACCAAUAAAGAUUGCCACAACACACUUGCGCAAUUGCGCGGUGUUGUAAAUCAAGUCAUACCUUGUACGACAGCUGAAGAAUGUGUUCAACAGCUGAAUGAAAAUCCUGAAGAGAUAUCAUUUGUUAUCUCCUCAGGUGCACUUGGACAACAUCUGGUACCAAGCAUCCAUGGCAUGGCGAAAUUAAACGCCAUAUUCAUAUUUUGUCGUAAGAAAGAAAAGCAUCAAGUAUGGGCCCAAAAUUGGCCAAAAAUCAAAGGUGUUCACACAACAAUCAAACAUAUUUGUGAAAAAUUGGCCAUAGCAAUCAAACAAUGCAAUCAAGAUCAUAUAUCGCUUACCUCAGAUGAUGAUCCACAACUUCGAGAAUUAACUGACUAUAAUCGAGAAGAAGUCCACGGUACCGGUUGGUCUGGAAUGGGUAAAUUGUUACUCAAAAUAGGUCAAUCCAACAAGGCCGAAGAACUAUAUAUGGCACUACUGGAACAAGCAUCGAACGAUAGUGAUAGAGCAUACAUCUAUCAUCAGCUUGGAGUGAUGAAACAAGACCAACGACAACACGAAGAAGCACUUGAAUUUUACGAAAAAUCACUUGAAAUAAGCAAAAAAGCUCUGCCUUCGAAUCAUCCCUCAUUGGCUACUUCGUACAGCAACAUCGGUGGAGUGUACAGCGGCAUAGGUAACUACUCGAAAGCACUUGAAUUUCACGAAAAAUCACAUAAAGUCUUCGAAAACGUUCUCCCCUCCAAUCAUCCCUCAUUGGCUAUUUCGUACAGCAACAUCGGUGGAGUGCACAGCGACAUGGGUGACUACUUAAAAGCACUUGAAUUCUACGAAAAAUCACUUGAAAUAAGAAAAAAAGCUCUGCCUUCGAAUCAUCCUGAUUUGGCUACUUCAUACGGCACAAUCGGUCAAGUGUAUAAAAACAUGGGUGACUACUCGAAAGCACUUGAAUUUUACGAAAAAUCACUUGAAAUAAGAAAAAAAGCUCUCCCUUCGAAUCAUCCUGAUUUGGCUACUUCAUACAGCAACAUCGGUGGAGUGUACAGCGACAUGGGUGACUACUCGAAAGCACUUGAAUUUUACGAAAAAUCACUUGAAAUAAGAAAAAAAGCUCUGCCUUCGAAUCAUCCCUCAUUGGCUACUUCAUACGGCACAAUCGGUGGAGUGUACAGCGACAUGGGUGACUACUCGAAAGCACUUGAGUUUUACGAAAAAUCACUUGAAAUAAGAAAAAAAGCUCUGCCUUCAAAUCAUCCUGCUUUAGCUACUUCAUACAGCAACAUCGGUGGAGUGUACAGCGACAUGGCUGACUACUCGAAAGCACUUGAGUUUUACGAAAAAUCACUUGAAAUAAGAAAAAAAGCUCUCCCUUCGAAUCAUCCCUCAUUGGCUGCUUCGUACAACAACAUCGGUCUGGUGCAUAAUAACAUGGGCGAUUACUCGAAAGCACUUCAAUUUUACGAAAAAUCACAUAAAAUCUACGAAAAAGCUCUGCCUUCGAAUCAUCCUCAUUUGGCUGGAAGUCACGUGAAUUUUGCAGGAUGCUACGAAAAAAUGGGUGAUUACACAGCAGCUCUUAAAGCCCUUAAAAAUGCUUAUCAAAUUCAGGAAAAAGCUUUUGAAGAAGGUAAUCCAGCUUUUGCUUCAACAUAUAGCUGGUUUGGAAGAGUUUAUCGCAGUAUGAAAAAUUAUCCAAAAGCACUUGAGAAUUUCGAAAAAUGUUUCUCAAUACGUCAAAAAGCUUUAUCUGAAAAUCAUCCGUAUCUAGCUAUUACAUAUAGUAAUAUUGGUGAUGUUCAUCGAUUAAUGGGUGAUUAUGAGAAGGC